UGUGAACAGACCUUUAAAUCCAGAGAUUUGUUGUCAAAACAAACAUCUCUUCCAUGAGUUGGCCAUCAAUUCACGCAUAGAUCACAACAUUUCCGCAGUUAUGGACGCAAUGGUGGACAUCGGCGAAGACCUCUUGAAGGGUCCCAUCAUGUCGUUGGACCAGGAGUUGGAUCAACUCAUUGAUGGCAACACUAGUCGUCUGAAGAACGAGCCGAUGGACGCAUCGCAGCAACUCUUGGACCCAAUGGUCGGCCAAGAGAUGAAUAGUGCGGUCAACACGAGAAGCAAUCGGAACAAGAGAUGCGAAGACAAUGUGUGCGAUGAGAGGAAAGAGAUCUCGAAUCUGAAGACAAAAGUGGAGAAAAUGCGAAACGAGUUAACGGUUGUCAACAGAAGCAAGAAUUGCGUCAAACAGAAGAACCAGAAGAUAACGCAACUGAAGAACGAGAACGAGAUCCUCAAGAAUGACCUCUUGGUGGCCAACAAGAUGGUCGACGUGUUGCUGAAGUUCCGGACGUAUGUCACGGAGAGGACGUUGGAGGAGACGCAAUGGCAGGCCUUGGAGUCGGAAUACAGGAGUGUUUUGGACGAGAAGUCGGCCGUCGAUCGACUCAACGAACGAAUUAAAGCCAAAAACGAAAAGCAACUGAAAUUCAAACUCCGAGUCAACAGUCGAGUGAACAAAACGAAGACCGAGUCCGUGGAGCGCAAGAGUCGCGGGUCUGGGAUGUCGUGUUCGUGGCCGGGCUGUUCAUACGAAGCCAAACGCACGAAACUGCUGACCGAACACAUAAACGCCGCGCACACCGGCAACAGACCGUACUCGUGUCCAAUGGCCGACUGUAACAAAUCGUUUGCGCGAUCGACCACUCUUGACGUCCACAUUAAGUCCAGUCACUCGUCGGAGAAGCUCUUUGUGUGCAGUUGGGAGGGCUGUCAGGCGGCCCUCAAGACCAAACUCGGCCUCAAAAUCCAUCUCCAGGCCCACAGCGGAGACAAGAAAUUCGGGUGCUCGUGGCCGGGCUGUGGAUACAAGGGUCUGACGAAACAGCAGCUCGAGAAUCACGUGCGUAACCACACCGGGGAGAAGCCGUUCGUGUGUUCGUGGCCCGGAUGCGAC